UUGUAAAUGUAAAGAGUCUGUCUCUGCCUGUUCUCUGAGUGACUCUGGGUUUUGGCGUCUACCUCCAAGCGAGUGGGUCGGAGCGUGAGUGUUUAUUGGAGGAAGAAGAGAGAAAGCGAGGGAGGGAGGGAGGGGCAAGUGGUGCUCACUAUGCCCCUUUUAGCCUUCCCAUCUCCCUGUCACUCCAUCCUUCCACCCCUCUUCUGGACCACCCUCCAGCCCUGCUUUGAGCCCAAACCAAGACCCCCCAACCACCCCGGGACCCUUUGACUAUCCCUACUUCUCCGUCCCACCAACAACAACUCCUGAGCAGGAGGUCCUCACCAGGAGAUCUGACAGCAAACAUCUCAGCUGCACAACAUCCUCAGAGCCCAGCUGUCAAACUUCCUUUGGCUUCAAACACCUGAGCUGAACGCGUGCAACCAAGCAUGGCCUCAUCUCCUUUUUAAUUUCAGAUCCACUGGUCAGACGUCAGGUGGCUUCUUAUUUUUAAAGGCAGGCUGAGAGCCACAGGUCACAUGACCUGGAAGAAAAAACCCAGGAGACUUCUGGGGUUAUUCUUCGGAUGGGCCGCAUGUCAACCUGAACAGGAGUCCAAAGGCUGAUGACCAGAUCCGAGUCAGAGUGAGACACGUUGACCUUUAUGCCCUGAGAACUCAACAGACAGCACACACCUGCAACUCCUAUAAUUUUACUGCUGCUGGUUGUUGUGGACGUCUGCUGAUGUCAUUUCCUACUGAGUUGCAACCAAUCAGCGUGAGUUAACCGGAGGUUCUGCUCAGCUGCUCCACCGGGCCAUUUAGACUCCAGAGCAGGUACUCCGAAGGUUCCUGAAAACGGCCCGAAAGCUCGGUCAGGUGGAGACACGCGCAAGUCGGGAGGUUCCUGUAAAUCUACCCUGAAGUUCUUGCAGUGGAAACACGUCUAAUAUUUUCCACCUCAGUGGGCAGCGUGCGUUCUGAACAUGAAAUCUGUUGGCUUGACUUACUGAAGUCCAAAUGGAGGGGCUCAAAUGCAAUAAAGUCUUCAACAGCUGCAGCUUACUAGCAAAAAAGUACCUGUCCACUGUGGUGACCAUCAAAGGGUAAAAAAAAAUUAGAUUUAAGCUGUCCCCUUAAACCCUAGGCUUAUUUUGAAGCCUAUUCCUCGAAAAAUGGUAAACAAUGGUAUUUAAUGGGAAAAACAGUUUAGUUUGUAGAGCUGGGUUUGCUGAUUCAUUUGAUGGGAAUUAUUACUACCUGUAGUGUGAGGGUUGUUUUGGGCCUGUUAAGGAACUAACGUCACAUGGUCCCCCCACCUGGGGGACCCUAGGGCUUAAGGGGUUUUAAGGAAACAUCAGCAAUCUGUAUGAGAUGCUGUAAUGUGCCAGGAUAUUUUAGAAACCUUUACACAACCAUCAGUCCUGAUAUUAUCAUUUUAACAGGAAUACAGAAAAUUUGCUGCAGGUCUCGACCGCUAAAUGCACCAGAGGAGCUACAAGACAGAGUUGAUUUAGGUGUUUUUAGGCUUUUGGACAAAAAUGCUUUUUGGUGUUAAUCAUUUUUAGUCGACUAAAUCUCAAAGUCCUCAUCAGUGAUGCUACCAAACAGAACCAGUGUGCAUUUAGCUCAGAUUCUCUUGUUUUGAACUGAUGGAAACCUCUGGACACGGCUUUCAAUCCCAUGAUAAUUGUGCACACGGUUUUGCAACAGCAUAUAAUUUAAAUGUCAUAUAUUAUUUAAAAAAAAAGAAAACAAAAGAACAAACAGUUCAGCAUGUAGAAAAUCUCCCAAACACAUAUAAACAGCUCCCUACUGUGAUGUUUUUUUUCUUCUGGCUCUUUUUUCCUUUCUAAGUGUCUUCUCUCAAACUCCUUUAUGCUAACUGAGAGCACCUUCUAAACGCUGCACAGCGAGGAUUCCUCACAAAAUAACUUCAAUGAGCCGAUCCAGUAAUUGUUUUCUUUAUGUUGUUAUUUUGUUUCCUGUGUACUGACAGGAGCAACAGACCAAGCCUUUAAUUAAAAAUAAAUAUUGUAAAACAUUGAUUAAAUUCUGUUAAUUAAGUUGCUUCUAGAAAUUUGUGCAACAUUCUGACCUGAAACGAUGUAAAGAAGAUCAAGAUCACAAGAAAUGUCAAAGCUUUAGCUAGUGGCUCAUUAAGGUCGUCAUAGAAACCACAUAUUUGAAUCAUCUGUGUAUUUUUCUGACUUGGUGUCCCACUGCAAAGGGAAUCCCACAGUGUUGUUUAGCACCAUCAGCUACCCAUUCGCUCUCAUGGAAACUGUGAAAACUAGGUCAAAGGUUAAAUCUAGCAUCUCUCCUUCAGCUUUAUUUCUGCAUGCUCCGACUCCAACCCAGCCUAUCAGGAACUGCAUUGGAGUGGGUUUCCCCUUAUCUGUCUGAGGAUUCCUUCUCUGUGGCUGUUUCCAAGCUUCAGUCCUCUUCCACCUCCCUCACCCAUGGUGUCCCUCAAGGUUCUAUAUUUGGAGCUUCUAUUGUUCUUCCUUUAUCUGCUCCCUCAGCACACCCUGAGCUCAUUUAAAGGUCAACUUCACUGGAAAACCACUUUUAAUUAUUAUUAAUUUGUCAUUCAGACAGAACAUGAAAAUAGUCUUCUACAUAUAUAUCUCUUGCGUUGGGAUCUGAUAGAAAAUAGGUGAUGAAAUUCUUGGAUUUGAAAAGCCCGACAGAUCUAUGUCACACAGUCCUUUAACGUUCAUGGACUCACCCAUCUUGUCUUGCAACUGUGAAGGCUGUUGUUGGUUUAGCAUCCAACGAAACAGCAGAGAAAGUCUCGGCUAGUAGAAGCUAACUGUUAGCAUUAGCAACUCCACCACAUGGCAGAACUCACAUUUUUGUGAAAAUACAAUAUCAGUGUUGCAGAGCAAACAGUCAGCGGUAGAGUCAUGUUGCUUUUAGCCAAUAACAGGCAACAUGUCCAAAUAUCAAGAAAUAACACUCAAACCUUGCCGUCUGACACUCUGGGUCAUUUCUACUUCCUGAAACAGGCAUACUGGAGCUUUUUUUCCCCAUGAGUACAUCUUACAAGGCAUUAAUUCCUACUAGAGACAACUGUAAUUGUAAUAAAAAUAUGUUUAAAGUUGAUCUUUAAAAGAAUCUGCUACCAUCUUUAUACAGAAGACACCCAGCUACAUCUCCUUUAAGCCCCAUGAGAUGUCUAAGCUGCAGCUGUUACACACCUGCUAAGACUCUAUUGAAACCUGGAUAUCUGGGAUCUUUCUACAGCCUAAUGAAGACAAGUCUGAGAUCCUCAUCUGUCCCCCAGACAAAUGUUUAUGUUUCUACAACGUUUUUCAUGGAGUAUAUGGUUCCAAAGACCCUUCAUUCUCAGUUGGGCAGUGAGAUGGAAAAACUCAAACUUGUCUGAACACCAUGAAAUAUGUCAAAAUGCCAGUUUUGUCAUGUAAAGUCCAACUUUAUGACAUCCAAAAAGGGGUGGGGCUUUCUCCAGCUGCCUGUGGGGACACUUUGUUCACUUAAAGAGCAAGUCACCCCCUACCAGAACAUUAUUCUACUCCCACUUCCUGUUUGAAAAUUUCAACAAAUACUGUUGCUUAGCAGACCAAGAGGGCGGAGCCACUAUCAAACACACACACACACACACACACACACACACACACUCACACACACACACACACACACACACACACACACACACACACACACAGGCUCACAACAACAUUGUGACAUCAUAUGGUACCAGCUAACGUUCUAGGGUACCUCUUAGCCAAUAGCGAUGGCAGAUUUAAUUUCAAAUGCAGUGCAGAGUUCUUACCUGACAACGGCACAACACUGACAGUUUUAGGCAGAAAAUAAAAAUUUUAACUAAAAUGCACUAAAGUGCAAAACUAUCGACUGUACGUGUCGGCAGCAUGAUUAGACAUGCAUUUAUAUAGUUUAUCAGAAAAAAAUAAGUUGAUUUGGGGGUGACUAGCUCUUUAAGUGUGACAGAACGCUCAUGCAGCAGCGCCUUUAAUAACGAUGCAACUGCUUUUGGCUGAAACGCUUUCUUAGAGUUUCUGUAUAAGUUUUCCAAUUUGCACUUGAACCACAAAACAGGAUUCUGUGACAAGUUGAAACUAAUCCGAGCCCCCGCCAGAAUGUGCUGUUGUGACUAACGCUGCCCCGCUUCUUAAAAGUGAGGAGGAAGAAAGAGGAAAGAAAAUGCUCACAUUUUCUUUCAGGGUUGUGCUACAUGGAUGUAUUAGCCUCCCUGCCUUCCCGUUUGUACUUAAAUCCUUUUGAGCAUGUUUACGUUCCUGCGCAUACACACAUACGCAUGUUUUGACAAUUUAAUACUUGCAGCACCGCUCCAUCCUUUGGAAAAAUAUGAACAUCAAAGAUGACUGCCUCUGCAGAGCGCCGCUUUGGACUGAUAGGGCUAAGUCAGUCGAUUCUGGCAUCUUGUCAUAACCCUAUGAGGGAGGUACCUUGUGCUUCUGCUCCGUCUGACCAUAUUAACUACACAGGAAGAUUAAAUAAAAACAGGCACGUUUAAAGUGAAACACCCUCACCCACAAAUAUCAGAGCCUGCAAAGCUUAUUCUGCAAAUCCUUUCUGCCGUGACUAUAGGAUAAUUAAGCUGAACAUCACAGAAAUAAAAUUAAAUUUAAAAAUAAAAUGAAAAAAGCAUUUAUUAACAACAUUAAUUAGCACUUAAUAUUGAUUUUAGUGUUUUUUAUAUUACAAUUCUCAUAAAACUGACAAUUGGUCUUUAUUUUUCAUUAUUCUUUUGCAAAUGAGCUCAAUUAUGUUUCACUUUCCAGUUACUUUGUGAUCAUUUAUACAUUUAUCUGCCUUCAUAUUACUGAGAAUUAAAAAAAAACAUUUUUUUCUGUUUAAACAUACAAUCUCAACUGUAACCUGAGACAUUUAAUUCUCAUAUUAUCUUGAGUGAUUAUUAAACUUUCUUCGAGGCAUCAUUAAAUUCACAAUACAUUUAGAAAUUUAUAUAACAAGGUGAAAUUUGGUAAUUUGGUAUCUUAGCAACUGUUUCAAUGAAUAAUUAGCAUGUUUGUAUUUUAACAAGCGCUUCAUGCCCUUAUUUCCUUGAGCAAAUGUAGCUCACAGAUUAAUUUCAUGGCACAUACUGUGGAUUUUGUUUUGCAUCCAAGCUGAAAUAUUAUUUCUCCUCGUUUUAUUAAUAAUAUUUUCUCAAGCAGUUGUGUACUUUGGGCCUUAGAUAAUACUGCUUUUAAUGCUGAAAUUUGAUAUUUUACUUUCUCAGCCACUGAUCACACCCAUGUUAUACAGUUUAUUCAUUUAAAAUGAGUUAUUAUUGCAUAAAACGGAAUAUAUUAACACAUAUAUACAAUGGCGUGAAAAACGAUUUGCCCCUUCCUGAUUUCUUAUUCUUUUGCAUGUUUGUCACACAAAAUGUUUCUGAUCAUCAAACACAUUUAACCAUUAGUCAAAGAUAACACUAGUAAACACAAAAUGCAGUUUUGAAGUGAUGGUUUUUAUUAUUUAGGGAGAGAACAAAAUCCAAACCUACAUUGCCCUGUGUGAAAAAGUAAUUGCCCCCUUGUUAAAAAAUAACCCAUAAACAGACAAAAACAUCACCUUUCACCGGGUACAUCGCCUUGGGGCUAAAAGAGGAGACAGCAGAAGACCUCGUCCCAUCAUGGCUAAAUUUGAACAUUUUAAGCAGAAGAACAGGGGCGGAUUUAGCAAUUUGGGGGCCCAAGGCGAACACAGACAUGGGGCCCCUUACACUAAAUUUUUGACAAUCUUACCUUUAACUGGAUUUGCGAAACUCUCCCCUCUUCUGACAUGAGUUAUUUUCCCUUUUUAUUAGUCCUCCUCUUUUUUUCCUGUAUUUCCCGCCCUUUGAGUGCUUUCAAUAUUUGCUCUGCUUUCUUUUUUCUGUCAGCGCUCCUGUGCUUCAGCCUUAGUUAUUUUUUUUCUAUUUUCCAUUUUGGUCUGUUUUCCUCCCUUUAAACAUUUUCCAUUGUCUUUCCUUUCUGCUUCCUUUUGAUGUUUACAUCGAAAAACAACGUCACUUUCAGAAGUGAAGAUAAAAGCUUUUAUGAAUCGACUAGGAUAACUUCAUGUCAUGCUUGAUGUUUUGACUAUCGCUUUGAGUUUGUUACGAAUGCUCCCGCCUCUCUUCUUAUUCUUAUUUGUGGUCUUAUGGCACUUGGCAAACAACAAUUUGGUGCAUUACUGCCACCAACUGGAUUGGAGUGGAAUGACUACCAAUCACUUCCUGUUUGUGCAUCGCAGUCUUAAUAACCCUCUUAUGACCAUAAUUAUAACAGGGCCGCCUGGUAUUUUUUUUUAAUCUUAUGGCUGUAAAAUUGUAAUAAAAAGUGCAAAGUGUGUGUAAAGCCUGGUUUAUGCUUCUCCGUCAGCUCCGCAAGGGACAGACACGCACGGAUUGACGGAAGCGUUUUGCUCUUUUACUUCUCCGUCUCCUGGAGAGUGUUGCAAAGCAAUUCCCCGGCAGGACAACAGAGGGCGUAGCGCUGUUCUGUGGUAUCCUGUCAUGUAUCGGUCCAAGAUGGUGUGUUUAUAUUGUGUUUUUGUGUAUAUGAGAGACUUUUAACACGGACAUAUUUGUCUCUCAUUCUCCCACCGCUUCAUGCGCUCCCCACCUCUAAACCCACGUUUCCUGUCAUUUCCGUCCACAAAUAAAACACUUGCUGCGCAUCUUUUCACUCCUCCAGUCACGGGAGGAUGAAACGUUCAUAUUUUUAGAGUUUUUUCGCGAGGUAGUCUUCAAGCUUCUCCGUGUCUGCCGCUAGUUAUCCUCGGCUCUCUUUGCAAUGGCGGCGCUGUAAGAAACAGCGGCGUCCUGACCAAUCACAAGCCUGCGUAAUCCGUCUCAUUCGACGGAUGUUUAAAAAAGUGGGAUCGACUCCGUACGUACUUGCAUGCCUGCCGGAGCCCUACGCAAGGACGGAUAAUGGCGUUGCGUGUCUCCGCACUGACGCAGACGGAGAAGCAUAAACCAGGCUUAACUCUUCUCCUUUUUUCAGAACAACCUCAGCUUUCAGUGUAUGGUUUGUAUUUCCAAACCACUAUAACAUUUCACGAAAAGAAACGUGAAGCCACUUCUCCUCCAGCUUCACUGGCUGCCAGUCAACUUUAGGAUUCAUUUCUUAACCCUGGUUCUGGUCUAUAGGGCCUUAAAUGGACAAGCACCAUCUUACAUUGGUGAUCUUCUUAGUCCCUACACCCCCAGCAGGUCCCUGAGGUCCAGUGAUCAAAGCCUACUGGUUUUGCAGCACCAGGCUAAAGACCAAAGGUGACAGAUCAUUUGCUGCUGUGGCCCCCAGACUCUGGACCUCUCUCCCCCUGAGCCUGAGAUCAGUGGACUCAGUGGUCUCCUUUAAAAAGCAGCUGAAGACUCACUUGUUCAAGCUGGCUUUUGUAUGACCUUCUUCACCUCUCUCUCUUUAUUCUGCUCUCCCCACCUAUUCCACCUUCCUCAGGAUCCACUGGUUUCCCUCUUUCCUAUUCACUCUCUCUCUUUCUUUACAUUUUUUUAAAUCACAAUUGUCUAUAUUUGCUCAUUUUAAAUAUAUUUUUAAACAUUUUCUGAAUGCUUUUUUAUAUUUACAUUUUUUGUUUUUGUGAAGCGCCUCGUGAUUUUUAUCUUGACAGGCGCUAUAGAAAUGAUAUCUUCUUCUUCUUCUUCUUCUUCUUCUUCUAUUUAGAAUGUAUUUCUAUUACAGCCUUUAAAAAAUCAGCUUAAAAUUGAAAAAAGCAAAAAACGGAUUUGAAUUUUUUACAGUUAUUACUGAACAGGAACUUCAAAAUGACUGGGCAAACAAUUUAAACUUUGAACUGAAAUGCAUCUAUUCUUAAAAAAGUGUGAACCUUGGUGUCUUGUAGCAGUUUUUAAGACCAUUUAUUUUUGUAAACUUUCAGACGUUUUUAUUUGAUGUGGUAGACCUUGAAGCAGCUUCUCUCCAGCUGCAGGCAGAGUCCUGCACACCUCACACCGCCAUGGGGUGCUUCUCUGGCACACUGUGCUGCUAUACCAAAAACUUUUGCUUUAGCAAAAAUAAUUAUUUAUUGUAAAAAGAUAAAUAAUGCUGGAAUGAUGCUGAAUCUUACAAUCAGCAAAUAGUUGAGGGUUGUUAAAAUAAAAAAAUAAAAAAUAAAGACUGAACAAACGUUCAUAUCCUGGUUCACCGGAGAUCUGUCCUUCUUCGUGGUCACUGUCUUCAGAUAUAAGCCUUCUGGGACACCUAAUAGAUCGUGUUGAUUUUCUUUGAGGCAUUUCCAUAAUUUCAUGCUGGUUUUUAUGCUAAUUAGCUUCCCCGUUCCGUUAUCCGCUUUCACUGCGGCGCUGCGCUCCGUUUCAAUCAGGCUGUACAGCAGGAUUUCCCCUCGUAACGAUAUUUCCAUAACUCUGAUUGCUUCAUGCUAUAGAUCAUUGGAAAGCUGCUUUUAUGUACUUUUAGGAACCGUUGGAAUUUCCUGGAUCUGAUGAGCCAUUCAAAAGUUAUGAAACGGAGCAUUUUGGAUGACAAACUCAGCACGUCUCUCAAUCUUUGUUGUGAUUCAGUGCGCUCAAGACAGAGAAUCCCGGUGGCUACCGUAAUGUAUUGUAUAUGCACGAAAAGCCCCAUUUUUAGUCUUUUCAGCACUUUUGGAAUUUUAAUGAUAUCUUGAACGGUUCAGGAAUUAUGGUAAUGAGAAGUGCGCAUGUCCAAUCCCGUCUGCGGCCACAGGUUGGUAAUAAGAAUAUUGUGGCAUUAACAGAGGGGUGCUGGCGGUCAGGGCUAGGGGGCCCCCCAACACAAGGGGGCCCCAUGCGGCCGCCUACCUAUGCCUAAUGGUAAAACCGCCUCUGCAGAAGAAUCUUGUUAAAAGUCACGGAAGAGAGCUCAAAGGGAAAGAUUUCAGCGUAAAUGAUCAGUUCCCUAAGGAAAUUCUGGAUCGGCGCUGGGUCCUCUUUCCGCUGCGCAAAAAGUUUAUCCAGGAUGGGAAGAGAGCUGUCAUCUCGGUGGAUAAGCUUUAUGUGGACAAUAAACUUUACAAGGAGCGAGGAGUGACUGACUGGCUGUAUUAGCCCAACAUCAGGUCAGACAUUUAUCAUUCUUAUCAGGAUUCACUGGGUUUGAUCACGUCAGGAUUAAACAGCUGCUAAAUCCGUUUUCUAGAUGAUAAGAUCACCUGUUCAUCACCACCUUUUCUUUUUUCUUUAACCUGUAUCUGUAUUUUCCCUUCCUCUUUACCUGCUUCUGCACCUUUACACCUGUACGGCACAACCACACAACUUUCCAACACUGUGUCAGACACGCACACACGCACACACACACACACUCAGAUAAAUUAAAUUCACAGCACAAUAUCAUAAUUUAUGCAUCAAAUAAUACAACCACAAACACUGUUGGAUCUUUAUUAUUAGUAUUAUUAUUAUUUACUUUUCUGUUAUUAACAUACUAUUUUAUUCAUUUAGAUACUUAUUCCAUCUUAUACACAUGAAGGCGUCUUAUUUUAGCUACUCACACACACAUCUAUGGGUGCACUAAGAUUUGUCUCAUGGAACGUACAUGGAGCUGGCUCCAUAGAGAAAAGAUUAAAGAUUUUUGAUCAGCUAAAGAGAGUGCAAGCAGACGUAAUAUUAUUACAAGAGACUCAUAGAUCUACCACAUCCGCAGAUGAACUUAAAACACCUGAGUUUCCCAGCAUGUUCUCUGCCUGCUAUUGUCAUGUUCUGUGGGUGGAGAAGGCAGACCAUGUGUGGUGGUGGGUUUCAGGAGGCAGAAGAUCAGGCAGACGGAUGAAAAAAUAAAAAGAUGUUUAAUUGUAGACUGGGAACAACAGGACGAACGAACAUGCACAAACGACAAUGAACCGACAAAGCAACAAGGAGGGAGGUAUAAAUACACAAGGGAAUCAGGAACACAUGGGCAGAGUAAUCAGGGACAGGUGAGAACAGUUAGGCUAAUCAGGGCAGGAGAGACACAGUCAGGGAGGCCGGGGCGGAUCAUGACAGUACCCCCCCCCCCCCCCCCCCCUUAAGGGGCAGAUACCAGACGCCCAUAAGCCACAGAGCACAGGAGACACAGGGACGAACGAAGACCAGACUAGGGCACACAUGACCAGGGAACACAGAAGACGAGACCAGGGAACAAACACAGUCCGGGGCUGCGGAGCAGGGGCCUCUAAGAUCAGGCGGCACUCCGUCUUAUGAGACGUUUCCACGAACUCAGACCAGGGACGCGGAGCAGGGGCCUCUCAGAUCAGGCGGCACUCCGUCUUACAAAGGGUCUCUUGAGCUCAGACUGGGAAACUCGGACUCGAAGACUUGGAACAGGGACUCAAAGACUUGGCACAGGGACUCAAAGACUUGGCACAGGGACUCAAAGACUUGGCACAGGGACUCAAAGACUUGACUGGGACUCAAACACUUGACUGGGACUCAAACACUUGACUGGGACUCGAACACUUGACUGGGACUCACGAAGACUUGACUUGGACUCACGAAGACUUGACUUGGACUCACAAAGACUUGACUUGGACUCACGAAGACUUGACUUGACUCACGAAGACUUGACUUGACUCACAAAGACUUGACUUGACUCACAAAGACUUGACUUGACUCACGAAGACUUGACUUGACUCACGAAGACUUGACUUGACUCACAAAGACUUGACUUGACUCACAAAGACUUGACCUGACUCACAAAGACUUGACUUGACUCAAGACUUGACUCAAGACUUGACUCACGAAGACUUGAGACACGAAGACUUGACUUGACUUGAGUCACGAAGACUUGACUUGACUCACGAAGACUUGACUGGACUUGAGACACGAAGACUUGACUUGACACCUUUACUUGAGACACGAACACUUGACACCAGGAACACUGGACACCAGGAACACUGAGACAAACUGCAGCAGCAGGCGUGGGACCCAGCAGGAACUGCCGCGUGGAGAACCUGCAGGCACAGAACCUGCAGGCGUGGACCAGGAAAUGGUUGAGCAGCGGGAGCGACACUUGGAAGCCCAGCUCGGCGGCAGGUACUCGACAUCCAAUCAGAGCAGGUGCACAUCCCGAUCUGCUGGGUCCAUCGGCGGAGGCUCGGGUGAAGAGAAGCCAGAGAAGAGCGGGGAGACCAGCCCUACCACACCGGAGGACAAUGGCGUGCGUAGGGGGUGUAAUUCCCUUGAGGCUCCAGGAUCCGCGGCUUCCAGGAGAAGAACGGGACGGGGCAAAAACAGCAGGAGGUGAAUGACCCUGACCACCCUGAAGACAAAGUGGGAUGCGCCAGGAUCUCCCAGAGGACUUCGACCACCCCGAGAACAGGUAGGAUGCGCCGAACACAAAACUCCAGGCCAGAAAUCACCCUCUGCUGAAAGGGAAAAAAAAGAAAAAAUAAUCCUCCAGAAGCAGGUGUUAGCUCACCAUAGGUCCAGGUUUGGUCGGUUCAUUCUGUCAUGUUCUGCGGGUGGAGAUGGCAGACCAUGUGUGGUGGUGGGUUUCAGGAGGCAGAAGAUCAGGCAGACGGAUGAAAAAAUAAAAAGAUGUUUAAUUGUAGACUGGGAACAACAGGACGAACGAACAUGCACAAACGACAAUGAACCGACAAAGAAGGCAACAAGGAGGGAGGUAUAAAUACACAAGGGAAUCAGGAACACAUGGGCAGAGUAAUCAGGGACAGGUGAGAACAAUUAGGCUAAUCAGGGCAGGAGAGACACAGUCAGGGAGGCUGGGGCGGAUCAUGACAGCUAUAACUCUAGGCAAAGAGGUGUAGCUAUUUUAAUACACAAAAACAUCAAUUUCACAGUAUUGGACACAGUCUCUGAUCCAGAGGGCAGAUUUAUAAUGUUAAAAAUAUCUGUACAGAACCAAAGCUUAUGUAUUGUCAGCAUUUACUGUCCAAAUAUUGAUGACCCUCCAUUCUUUCAUAAUUUUUUCUCUGUACUCUCCGAACACUUGGACUGUCCACUUAUACUUGGAGGUGAUUUUAAUUUUUGGAUGAAUUCCUUAACAGACAGGCUCAGUACAGCUGGGACUCAGCGCAAUUGGCAAUCCACUAAUAUAGUUAAACAGUACAUGAGUGAUUAUGGGCUUUGUGAUGCAUGGCGAUCUCUUCAUCCUAACCGUAGAGAGUAUACUUUUUUCUCACACGUCCAGCACUCUCAUUCACGUUUGGAUUAUUUUCUAGUCAGCAGCUCAUUGUUGGCUGACAUUUCAGACACUGAGAUACACCCCAUAGUUGUCAGUGACCAUGCUCCGGUUUCUUUAACUCUGGCAAAAAAGAAGACAAUCCCACCAAGCAAAAACUGGAGGUUAAAUACAUCACUGCUCAAAGAUGAAGGUUUUAUAGAUUUUUUUUUAAAGGAAUGGGCUUUAUAUUUAGAACAUAAUGACCUGCCUGGAAUAUCAGCAUCUAUUCUCUGGGAGGCAGGAAAGGCAGUGAUGAGAGGUAAAAUAAUCUCUUUCUCAUCACAUAAGAAAAAAACGGAAAACAAACGUAUUCAGGAGUUAGAAGAAAUCAUUAAGUCUUUAGAGGCAUCCACUGAAGAAGAGUUAAUGAGCAAAUUACGUAAAGCUAAAUUAGAACUUCAUGGAAUUAUUGACAAAAAGACACCAUUUGUAGCACGAAGACUACGAAUAGAAAACUUUGAACAUAGUAAUAAAUCAGGUAAAUUUUUGGCUAGCCAAUUAAAAAUAAAUAAAGAGAAAACUACCAUAUCUGCUGUUAAAGACUCAACCGGGAAUAUAGUUUAUGACCCUGAAAGCAUAAACAACACUUUCAGAGACUUUUACCAAACUUUGUACUCACCACGGAUAAACCCUUCAGAUCAUGAGAUCGAUGAGUUCCUUGACAGGAUAACACUUCCUAAAUUAUCAGACAGCCAAGUUACAGUCCUGGACUCGCCACUAACAUCAGCGGAGCUCCAGGGAGCCCUUAAAUCCAUGACGAAUAGGAAAGCUCCAGGCCCAUACGGGUUCCCAGUAGAGUUCUACAAAGAAUUCUGGAUGAUUCUGGCUCCAAUAUUUUUCAGAAUGGUGAGGGAAAUCGAAGAGAGCGGCAGAUUACAGCCAAACAUGAACUCAGCCAAUAUUAGUCUCUUGUUAAAACCAGGCAAAGACCCUGCAUUUCCUACCAGCUAUCGCCCAAUUUCCCUUAUUAAUGUUGAUCUCAAAAUAAUUUGUAAAGCCCUGGCAAAAAGAUUAGAAAAGGUAACCCCCUUCAUAAUACACCCUGACCAAAUUGGUUUCAUUAAGGGUAGACAGUCAUCCACAAACUCACGUAGAUUACUUAAUUUUAUAGAUUUCUCUUACAGUAGAAACAUAGAAACUAGUAUAUUAUCUUUAGAUGCAGAAAAGGCCUUUGAUAGAGUUAACUGGAAGUUCUUAUUUGCAACUUUACAUAAAUAUGGCUUUGGGAACUUCUUCAUAAACUGGCUACAAACAUUAUACAGUUCGCCAACUGCACGUGUCAGGAUGAACGAGCAAAUAUCAGCUAGCUUCUGUCUUCAGAGGGGGACCAGGCAGGGAUGCCCACUGUCCUCCUCACUGUUUGCUAUUGUUAUCGAACCACUAGCGGCAGCAAUUAGACAAACAACAGAUAUUAAACGGAUAAAGUGUAAGAAAAUAGAACAUAAGAUCAGUCUUUAUGCAGAUGAUGUUUUACUCUUUCUCCAGAAUUCUCAAUCGUCUCUCUCUCAUUCAAUAGAACUGAUAAACUCUUUUUUCAAAAGUUUCAGAUUACUCUAUAAACUGGUUAAAAUCCACAGUUGUACCAAUUAAUUUCUCUUUUGUCAAUUUAAUUAAUACACAAUUGGAGUCAGGGAAUAUCACAUACCUGGGAAUUAAUGUCUCUCCCAAGUUAGCAGAUCUAACCAAACUAAACUACAUCCCACUUUUAAAGAAAGUGGAAGCUGAUCUUGCAAGAUGGAAAUCCUUACCAAUAUCACUCAUGGGCAGAGUUGCUACCAUUAAAAUGAUGGUCUUACCCAGAAUAAAUUACUUAUUUUCAAUGAUACCAAACAAACCACCAGCUGACUGGUUUAAAUCUCUGGACUCCUCAAUUACCAAAUUCCUUUGGCAGGAUAAACCACGAAUUAGCUUAAAAAUGCUUCAGAAAACCGAAGACAGAGGAGGACUGGAUCUACCUAACUUUUAUUAUUAUUUCUUGGCCAACAGGCUGCAAUAUAUACCAAGAUGGUUGCAAGAUAACCCACUAGAUGAGUCCUGGUUAGAUAUAGAACAGACACUUUGCAAUACGAUAGAGCUUUCAGACUUACCAUUUAUUAGAUCAAGCAUAAGAAAACAUGAAGGCUUCAAAAGUAUUAGUAUCAGCACCUCUCUGACAGCAUGGUGGGAGUAUCUUAAAAUGACCGAGUCUUCACUAGUACCAUGCAGACGCACACCUAUCUGGAAUAAUCCUGAUAUUUUGCAAAAUAAUUAAAUGAUGAACCUUCCGGACUGGAAAAAUAAAGGAAUCCUAUACCUGGAACACAUAUAUGAAGGAUUGGAAUUCAUCCCAUUUAAUAGAAUAGUCUCCCAAUUUGGAAUGGAUAAGAAUAGCUUUUUAGAAUAUCACCAAAUUAAAUCUGUAGUCAAACAAAAAUUUAAGCUCAAUAAAAUAGAAUUACAAACACCACCAAGGGUAUUAGACUUCUAUAAUCUCAAACCCCCCAAACUACUGUCUAAAGUAUAUAAGACACUGUCCAAAAUAGAUGAUAGAAUAGUAAUCCCUAUUGAAAAAUGGGAGGUGGAUUUAUCAGUCAGCUUUGACCAGAACUUCUGGUCCCAAACUUGUUUAAAAACUUUUAAAAUGAUCAGACACCCCAAUUUACAAUUAAUCCAGUACAAAAUUCUACACAGAGUACACUAUACAGGUCAUCGGAUGUUCAAGAUGGGGUUUGUGUCGUCUGACACCUGUACACACUGCACAAACAACAUUCCUGACAAUUACAUUCAUGCACUGUGGUCCUGUCCACCUGUCCAGGAAUUUUGGGGUAGAGUAUGUGAAGAUCUGUCAAAGUCUCUGAAAUGUCAAAUCCCAACCACCCCCUCCCUUUGUCUACUGGGAAACCUGGACGAUGUCCCGAUUGAAACAUCUGUGGUUCAUGUGGUUCUGACUGCCAUAUGCAUCGCUAAGAAAACUAUCCUCUUGAAUUGGAAAAUAGAGAAACUCUCUACAUUAACCAGUAAAGAAAUCUUUUGUUAGAUCAUAUUGCACUUGAUAUAGCCUCUGCUUCCACUUCAGAUGAAUCUCUCUGGGCUCCUUUGAUCGGUUCCAUUACAUAGCGAGGGUGGGGGGCCGUUGAUGUUGUCCUGCGGGAUGGUGUGUGUGUGUGUGGG